CCUUUUCCGGUCCGUUUCAACACAACAGUCGCGAUGGCGGCAGCUGGAGAAGCUAACGGAGGAACAGGCAAACUGGAGUUCUCUCUGGACGUUCCCUUUCCAUCAUCUCGUGACGCCACCAUCGCUCUGCGGUCGCUCUCCCCGGACAAAGAGCCCCGGAAAGGCGGCAUAAGCAAACUGAUUACAGUGUCUGGCAGUACGCUCUCUGUGAGGUGGAGCGCUGAUGAAUCACGAAUCCUCAGAGUGUCUGUGAGCUCGUUUCUCGAUCAUCUAUCCCUUGUUAUGGAGACCAUGGAGAUGUUCGGUCCACCUGUUGCCGUAUGAUGUAUAACAAGUGAUUAUAGACUCUGUUUUUGAUCCUUGGAACUGAGGUGCUACAGACUGGACUGAAGUUUGAUUCAGUGAGCUAAAGUAAUUGGCACCUUCGACUGAACACAGUAAAAGGUGGUUGUUGAAGUGGAACUGAGGGGAAGAUCAAGACACUGGCUCAGUGUUCAGUUGAAUAAUUUCUACAGCUGUGAUUGAAAUAGAUUCACAGAAUGUAUCUGAUGGAGGUAUAACCAUAAUGAUUCUUUUCAAAAAUAAAAAUGUAUGAUUAUACAAAUAUUUAAAACUGAGGUUAGUUUUAAAUAUUAGUAAGUCAGUAAGUUCAGUCUUGAUUUAUUUGGCUACAGCUUCUAGAUGCCUUUUAAUUUUGUUUUGCCGGCAAUCGUAAAGUUACCAUUUUGGACAGCUAGAAAGAUACUCUCACUGAAUGUAUACGUGUUCCGAUGAAGACUUCUCAUCCAAACAAUGAAUUAAAAAUCUGUCCAGCUAUCAUUAUGUAAACCAGUCUGAGGCUUAGACCAUCAAAUUGAUAGAAUUUGUAAAAAUUAGAACUUUUCGGCACUCAUUUUCUCACACAUUUACAUUUGAAAUCAUUUAUGUACAUGUAAAUAAAGAGUUUAUGAUUACUGAAAGUAGGGCUGCAACGAUUCAGCAAGUAAUUCGAAUAACUUGAUUAUAAAAAAAUUCAACACAAA